AUGACUUCAGAUCUUGAGUUGGAUAAAGAUACCGAGGGGCGGAUAUCGAUGUUCAGUAAGUUUGUGGAGGAUUCCAUUCAAGAGAUGUUUGCAUAUCUGCUGAGCCGGGAGCACCGGCUCAAGGAAGCGCAGAUAGGAAUGUUUGAGCAUCUCAUUGAAGAGGCGUCGCAGCAACUGCUUAGCCCAGAGCGCUGCAAGCAGUACUCCAGCCAACGCCCCCUUCUCAAUGAUCUCUCUUCAGAAUUGAACCCCUAUACUUCUAAAUCUCUAAAUGACGCCAUUCAAAAUGGCGAGGCACUACCCAGACUAAAUGAUGAUAGUGAACAGGUACACAAGGAGCGCUAUCUAACUAUCAUGAAUUCUCUGGCACUGUCGGACACUCAGCAGAUUUCACUGACUGACUUCAUGAACACGAUUUACAUACGUGAAUCGUUUCUUUUGCGUUCUCGGCGGUCUGGUAUUUCAAUGGACUACUUCUACCUUUUAAAGGACAUUGGCUCUGGCGCUUAUGCGUCUGUCCACCUUGUGAAGCACAAGUUUUCGGGUCAGCUGUUCGCCCUCAAGAAAAUCAACAAGAGCAAGAUGAAAAAUCUUUCAGACAGAAUACGUCUUCGCAUAGAGCGCUGCAUAAUGAUGCGCAUUCGCUCGUCUUUCAUCGUCGGCCUCCACUAUGCGUUUUACGACGAUGAAAACAUAUACUUUGUUAUGGACUAUGCUGCUGGAGGUGAUAUGAAAUCUCUUCUGGACAUAGUCGGGAGUGUCAGCGAAGGCUGGGCCAGGAGAUGGUUUGCAGAAAUAGUUUGCGCUGUUUUAACUUUACACGGUCAUAUCGCACAUCGAGGGGAAAGGCAUCUGGAUCUGCACCAGAACCAGCCUAAUGCAGAGGUAGUGAAUGAAAUCAUGGCAGAUGAGGCCAGGCGUGAGGCAAAUAGUCACUACCAUUCCUCCAGCAGCUCCGACUCCAAUUCUUCAGAAUCCAAUGACUUGGUAGCCUCUGCCAAGACUAGCGAAGUAUCGUCUCACUUCACCGACAGCAUCUUGUUUGAGAUUCAAGCCAAAGCCUCCGUGCGCUCAGAGAGUGCGCAACCUAAGGUUUCCUUGCCUUUGGGGUCGUCACCCAUUCUUUCAGAAUCUCAGCGAUCAGCAAUAAGUAGCCUACAAAAAGCAAAACUUGCCCUUAAGAAUUCUAGGGCCAAUACAAAUAAGAUCCCAGCCUUUUCCACAAGCAAAUCAGCUCCGCUACCGAAUGCUUCACUCCACCAAGUAUCAUUUGACAAGAUGCUUCUCAGAUUUGCAAUACCUCCAAUUCCUCCUCCGGUGGUCGAUGUCACGCCCAUGAACCUUGUGGAAAAAAGCGACAUUUCGAAUCUCAUCCCCCCUGUUCCUCUUAUCUUUUCCAGCAAACAGUCCAAACAGGGUCCAAAGCCUGUCGUCCAGAGAUCGUUACUGAGUCGCAUGGAAACUGCUCCCACCACCGAUCCCGACGACUCCAGCUCCUCAUCGAAACAAAAUCAGAACUCUAGCCAUCUUUUGUCAAGUAAGCGUUGUCCCUUGCAUACCUCUUCGGAAACGCCCUCUAGUUCUAUACAACGAGGCUCUGCUAGCAUUUCAGAAAAUGCUACAUCUACUCUGAGCGGACCGUUGUCUGGACUCACUCAGGCCUCCUUCUGGCAGCCCGAAUCCGAGGACUGUAUAGAGGUCGCAACCCCGGCUGAAAAUGUAGAGAUAACGGAGGCAAGCUUCUUAGAUGGACGCGAUGCCGACUCCUCCUUCAUAUUAGCAUCUAGGACUCGCGUUGAGAAUAGUUCACAAAGAAAUCUGCUAGUCCCCGGGCUUUCCUCCCCUGCUCUUAGUCGGCCGAUGAUGAUCAGUGCGCUGCCUCCAGAACAAUCUGGGGCUGCUUCUUUAGAUAGUACAACCAUGCAGCAUCUGCCUAAUCCAGUAAUAAAUGGAUCUCGAAUUCCGUUACAUCCUCUUCCUCCUGAGCGUUUCAACCUGUCCGGCACUACUGCGCAGAAUCUGUCCCGUACGCAAUCGUCAGGACAUACCGCGUCUCUUUCCACGACAAAUGUUCUCAGGAACCAGCAACCUGCAGCCAAGUCGGCGGCUCCUAAGCAGUCACAGCUGAGAGUGGAUCCUCAUCUCUCGCAAGCUUUACCACCAAAACCUCCUGCACCUCCGCAAAAUCUUCCCUGUGACGAGUCUAAGCAACUCAUCGAUAUCUUUGUGCAUAGAGAUCUCAAGCCGCUUAAUUUCCUCUUCCGUGAUGAUGGUCAUAUUCUCUUAGCGGACUUUGGGCUUGCAGAGCAGCUUCCAUCCGUUGACGAGGGUGCUUCUCCUCUUAUCGAGGCUGUCAAGGUAUCCGAAAAGCAGACCAGCACCACGAAGAUUUCUUCAACAAGAGAAACAAGCUCCCUACUGGUUGGAGAACGUGAGAUAGUUGGCACCGUUGAAUAUAUGGCUCCAGAAAUCUUCAAUGCACCGGCCUAUGGGCGGUCGGUGGACUACUGGGCCCUCGGGCUCAUAUUAUAUGAGCUGCUGACCGGCGAAGUUGCUUUUGUUGCAUCGACUCCUGACGAGCUAGUGCAGCGAUUGGCUGCUAUAAAGACAGAAGAGGACUAUGAUAAGUGUGUGUCUCGGCCUGACUUCAUCAGCGACGAAGCUUGGGAUCUGAUCCACGGCCUCAUGGCCCACCCUACCAAGCGAUACGGAUGCUCGGAACACUUGCACUCGCUUAUGGAUCAUCCCUUUUUCACUCGUGGAUACUCGCGAAAUCAGAUUCUCAACUAUCAAACGCCCGAGCUCCAAGAACUCAUUUAUGCAUACAAGAGUUACGAAGAAACAGAAGCAGUUGAGCACACUAAUGAGCCCUUCCAGUUCGAUGAGGACCUUCUCGAUCGCCUUCCAGUCUAUCCCGACGAAGAGUUUCUAUAUACGCUUCCCACCCACUGGAGACCUCGCAUAAACAACGACGCCGAUCUGAAGCUUUUCAAUGAGCGCGAACUAAAAAUUUGUGGGAUUGUUGCCAGUAACAAUGGUCGGUAUCAGGCUGAAUCACUUUCCGAGCCAGACACAGAAAACGACUCAACCUCUUCUGACCCGGUGCUGCUGGUUCCUCGCAGUCGUGAUGGAAACCUCUCCAGUCGUAUGAGUGUACGCAGAUCCGUCCACGCUACUAAAAAACUACGUGAAAUACUUCGCCAUGUUCCAGUUGAGACCUAUAAGAAGGCCCGCGUUCGAGCAGAAGAUUCUGGCGCCUACUCGUCUGUAUACCGUCAUACUGCUGGUGGCGGGCUGGACGAGAGUCUUGCUCCUUCAAACGUGUCUUCCUUUUCUAUAGAUUAUUUAGCCGACGCGGCUAGCGUCACAAAAGACCUUUCUCGUGACACCUUCUCGUCUACUUCAAGGACAGGUCGCUUAGACGAUACUAAGACCAGAACUGUCGGGUCAUCGUUAAACAACAUGGUCUGUAACAUUUCUAACAGCCCUUUGGCUAACCAGACUUGCGACUUUCCUAACCACAUUCGAUACAACUCUGAAGACUCAGACAAUCAGAGCUUGAUAGAAGACGAGGGGGUUCGUAGUCAAAACGUUACAGACCUUUACUCCCUCUCCAGCAAGACUGAGUUGAUUGGGCUGGAUUCUUUGGAGACAGCAACAUCAAGCCUUUCCAAAGUAAAAAUGGCAUACAAUCGAUCCGUAGCUGCGCCACACAUGAUUGUAACGGACGAUUCGGAUCAAAACAGGACAUUUACAACAGACGAGGAGGACCACCUCAAAACCAUAUCUCGGGUUUCGUCAAAGAGUAGCAUCACGACCUUGCUCCCAGCGUCAGAUGACGAGCACCUUUUUGCCUCUCUUGUAGAGAUCAUUUUGCAAUUAGGCCUAGAUUUGGAUACUGAAGACAUGGAAAGCUCCGCAGAAGAGGCUAUGGUAGGUUUGAAGUCGUUUGCCCUUUUAACUAUUGUUAAAGAUGCACAUUAUAAUAUCCCACCUUGUACUUUUAACACCGUAGUUCAAUCUCUCCAGACCACCUCCUGUCUGAAAGAUGGCAGAGGCGUCACAGGGGUUCCUACGAGCAAGGAUAGCUCGCUCUUAAAACAUGGACAGAUCUAUUCAACUUCCCGCCUCAGUGGCUCCGUGUUUAGUUACGAUUCUAAACCUCCUAUUAGGACCAUAUCCGGACAUAUUUUUAACGAAGGUGAUGCACCGCAGAAUUCCGCAGAUAUGCCUCUAUCUUCUGCAGUUACUUUGCCCGAUCCAUGCACGCAGGCAAUGGGGCAAACUUCGGGGGUUUGCUCUGACUCUUUUGAUGUUCAAAGUUUCCGCUCCGUGCCCCUUUCUGUGAUGAGUCGUAGUGUUGAUAUUAAGCUUAUUCAUAUUCGGGAAAAGAUGCUGACCCUUUCUAACAAGUACUUACCCAACUUGUUUGCCUCCUCACUAGAAUCCCAGAAGGUUGCAUCUCCCAUCAGCAAAGACGGUGUCUCUUCUACGUCGUGCACUCCCUACAAUAAGUGUACUUGUGCAACAAAUACUAGAUCUGGCGCAGUUUUCGAUUGGAGACAUUACACAGGCUUCGUUACCUGCAUUCCAAAUGCCCCCUACAUAUCACUAGAGGCGCAAGUAGGCUAUGCACUGGGGGCGGCUGCGUCUCUGGCCAUUCAUCUUUCUCAGCUUGGUCCGAAAGUCUUGAAGGAUCGCGACUCUGUGUUCACCUCCUCCCAGAAUAUAAGCACUGCCUCCAUAAGUAUCUUAUCUUCUCCGAUGCCAAGCUGCUCACCACAAUACGAUGACGAUGAGCUGGGUGCGGUAGCGUUGAGUGAUGCUUCAUCGUGUCCAUCGCUAACCUCCCUUGUUUUGCGGAUUGAGUCCGUUUCUUCCUCCACGUCACAGCUUUGCGAAAUCCCUGGUCUGGAUGAUGUACCUGAAUCCUCGAUGGUGGACUGCACACGCGCCCCAGUCGAUGCAUGCCAACAACGAGCUAAUAUAACCUGCAACGAACUCAGCCAACGCUCCACCUCAUCACUCAAGUCUCUCUAUGAAGCUGCUAUUGAAUCCUCGUUUUUACUUCCCACGCCCCUAAAGGGCUCGUUCUAUAGGGAAAACACAGGCUCUCUAAUCGAACUGCGUAUAGACACGCUAGUUAAGAACCUUCCCAAAGACCAGAAUCACUCUGUCAAGGGGCUGGGGUAUGCUCUCUCGCAAACAAGUUCUCCCAAUGAACUUCAAGCUUUCAUAGACACCGAAGUUCGAACAGAAGGAACCCCAGAGAGUAUAGGGAUUUUGGGGCAGAAGACGAUUACAAGCUCAUUUGAAAGGCGCAGCGGACAGAUUUCCGCGCUGGACUCGGACGCGCCGCCGUCUCUUGAAGAGUGUAAGGAGGUGACUAGCAAAACGUCGUCCUUUGAAGGCCGCCAAGAGACAUGCGCAGGUCACGCAACAGCCCUAAACAACGUGGAAGAGGUGAAAAGUGCCGACUCGUUUAGGCCAGACCUUGCAGAGGUAAAAGUAGCCUCCUGUAGUGCUGUGUGUAACGAGAAGUCUUCUCGGGAAAUAGAAAGACAGUCUAAGUCUAACGGAUCCGAGAGGGAGGUGGGGCUCGGUGCUUCUCAGAAUCAGCUUGGUGGCUUGCCCAUUCCUGAAGCCGCUGGCGUCUCUAUGGGCUCAAGUAUAUCCCUCCACAUGCCGAAUGAGCCGGCUCGCCCAGCAAACUUCUCUCUUAGUAGGGUUACUAGCGAUUGCACUGUUAGUGACUCUUCCAGCUUCCGCCCGCCUCCACUCUCUAUUGUCAUUCCUUCAACGAAAUUUCCGGAAAACUUUGGGAAUAUUUGCUUCACUCUUGGACGAACUAAGCAAGACGAAGCUAGUGAGAUAAGCUCGGCUAUCCCGUUCCGAACUUCCGUACCAAAACUUGUUCCUCCGUACCAAUUACAGGGGGCGCCCCGAAUUACAUCAAGUAAGGAUCGUCGGUAUAGGAUGCACGUGAGCUCUGCGCGUCGAACAACUAAUGCUCAAGACCCUUCUUGUUUGCAGGAACAGUCUGUAAAGUUUCCACUAAAUACAUCAGAGUCGAUCUCGACAAAACGAUCAAUUCCGUUAUGCCCAGAUGUACAGCCCGCGCCCGUCAUUGUGUCUCCAAACCGACUGACGACCCUGCAAAAUGCAACAUCAGUGUCAUUGCCGUUGAAAAAGGUGCCAUAUACUCAGCUCCCCCUAAUCACGCAGAUAGCAAGCUUGCCCUUCCCUGUAACAAACUCUGCCAAGUCAGAGUCUACUCGGCCAAAAGCUACCCGGGUUUUCCCUAUCAUCACCGGAAAAAUGCCCGACAUAAUGCCCAUUACUACGUCGUCUACUCAGUCCAGGGCAACACUUCCUGCUGCGCAAAAACAGGAACCAGUUAGCAAGAAGAAGGACAGUGACCACAGUCAACUGGACUACAACUCAAUGGAGAGCGACGAAGAGUCUUACUAUUACUAUUCGGAUUCCUCGUCGGAAGACCCCGGCGAUGUCCAUUCGGCGCAUGCUUCCUCGACCACAGUGAUUGACUUGGAUGUAAAGAAUGAAAGCCACCUGACAGAAGAUUCUACGAUUUACAAGGAUACUCAGAUACCGAAGCACGUUCCGCUUAGCAACAUGAGGAACGACAGGCAAAACACUUCUAUAACCCCCAUUUAUAUACCGCCAACUCUCCCUCUGACAGGGGAUUCAGUAGCUUCACCACCAGUCUAUAGCGACAGAGCACCUCAUUCAACAGAUUUUCAGCGUCUGCGUCCGGCCCCUCUCCUCCCACAGACACCCUCCAGCGAUAGCAACAUAAGCCUGGUCACGCUUCCGCUGGGGCAGGAAAGCAAAGAUCCCUACUCGCUGAGCAGAACAUCUCUAUCACAAAAUAGUGCCACGACUACCAAUGAAUUCAGAGUUAGUGCAAAGACGCCAAGGACAUGUGACGCGGACAAUCCUUCAUCUCAGCAGAGUGUGCGACAUGCGCUGUCUAACUCUUCCAUACUACGCAAUUCCAACUUUCAGUCCAUCUUACGGCAAAACAAAAGCGUCGACUUCGACGGGAAGCACCUGAGUAAGCUUGGCCACACAGUUGUUACGGCUGACUGCCUUGAAAGCCGACAUGUCAGGCUAUCGCAGGUCGAGACUCAGCAUUCCACUUCAUCGAUGAGUGAGGAUGAUGCUAAUGUUACCUCUGGUGAGUUAUUUUCGGAGAGCAGGUACACUAGCAAGCAGAACAUGGCCAGUGCAGGUGUUGAAGCGGUCGAGAAACGAGCUAAAGGGCAACCAGCGACUUCCACAAAGGACCGGGUUUCCUUUUCCGGCCGGGACACCAUUGUUGAGUUUCCUCACACAGAAGGGGAGAGCCAUUCUAUCAUCAUCUGUCAAAACGAUAGCUCAGCUAAUCUUGCGUGUACACGUCUGAGUGGCAGCUCUAUUGCAGGCGAGCUUGGUGCCUCACUCAAGCAAGGUCACCUUUCUGCUUCGGCGAGGGAUGUAGUUUCCUGCUCAACUCAAGAAGAAAUCGUCCCGACAGUCAAGAAUUCACUAACUUCUAAUAGGUCUCAAGGGGGAAACAUCCUACCUAAUAACGGGAGUAAGCUUCAAGGCAAUAUGUCUCAGAACAAACUUGAGUUGUCAGCAAGGCAUCAAUCAGUUGGCGAUGUUUCUUUACCUGCUCGGAAAAACACUGCCGCCUGCGGAAGAGAGGAAAGGCAGCUUGGGGAUUUACAUGCAGCAAAUGCUUUCAAGCCUAAGAGCCGAGCGCAGUCGAAGGCGCCGCACCUCGCGUCUAGGCAUGAAACAUCAGCAAACAAUGUCGAAAUGGCCGACUUCUUAGGGUUAGAGUUUGUGGCAGGCGAGGAUACACAGUAUGCUAACAAGGCCCUACGCUCUAACCGUUCAUUUGUCAGGGCGCUGGAAAUGGUUCCGCAGAGCAAUCGGCACUCACAGAGCACAACGGAUUGUUACUCCGGUGAGAUAACCGUGACCGCACCCUCUGAGAUAAAGUGA